GGCGCCGCGACGUCUGCCUGGUGAUGUCGGAGCGUCGUGUCGACGACCCCUGCGUGGGACUAGGGGAAUCCGAGGUGGUUUUCGACUUCGAGGGUUGACAAGGGGGUCGGUGACCGAUGAAAUUCGAUAAUGAAACUCCUGAUCAAAAUCAAGAACCCCUUCCAGCUAUCAGCGCUCAUCAACAUACUCACAAGUUCGUGAUUCCAUCGAAUGAAAUUUUCGACUUCAGCAGCGAUAUAAAGGUGAUAAGAUCCACCAUGUACGAGCCGGUCCUGGAUCGGUGCGUCACCACCACCGUCAUAAAGCCCAGCAAACACCCCAUCGAAGAAUUUUCCAUAAACGGGUACGGCGACCAUGACCAGAACGACCCGGAGCCUCCGGAUAAGCCUCCCAGGAGGCAAGCCAGGCCUCUGGAGCAUCGAAAGAGUCGACAGGAAUUGGAAUCCGAGGAAGGUAAUAGUAUAUUAGGUAACAAGUGUUAUAAACGUCCUUUUAGUAACGAGUAUUUUAAGCACGAGCGGAGCAGAGCGAGCGAGUGUUUAAUAAACGAGUGUCUAGAAGAGUUUAUAAACGCGUUACAUACUAUGCUUUUUCUACGAACUCCGAAAAUUACAUUAACUACCUGCUAUUCCUGCUAA